UCAGAAAGCUAAACCGGUUUGGGCGCUGAAAAUGAAGAUAAAAUUUAACGUUUUCCUUAUUUUCUUUCUGCUUUGAUGGAGUAAAAAUAUAAUUCAUCUUAAAGUAAUCUUUAAUGGAAUCGCCUAGUGGAAUUGAAAUAGCUUUUGUUUUAAAGUCUCUUGAUGGUGCUAAAGUUUUAACCAAUCAAAUAUAACUGUUUCCUCUGCUGCGAGGCAAUUUCCAUGAAAAGCCUGGACUAUUAAGAGCCAAUUUAAGAAAGGAAUCAAAGUUUCUUUAAUAACAGUGAUCACGAAUAAUAAAUAUCCUUUCGAAUUAAGCUGAUUUCAGAGACGUGGUCUUCCUCUAAGAGCCGCUAUUGGAAAUCUGGACUUGUGAAGUAACGGACGAGAGGAGAUUUCUGUGGUUCCAAUAAGGUCUCUUUCGCUCUCACAGUUUCUGUGGACGGGUUGGGAGAAAUCGGCAGGUUCCCCAAAUGUAUGGGUGUUGUGUAUAAAGGGUUUAAAGCGUUUAAGGGAUUGUGGGCGCUUUUCGAUGAAUGGAGUUUGAAAUAUGAUACGACUGCUGUUGAAAGGGACUUCCGCAUUGAUAGGAUUGUCGAGGGGACACGGUUAGCGCGUUAUUUGAAUGAACAAAUAUUUCAUACAAGGGGAGUACAAGGAAAUCGUAUUACUAAAUAUUUUGCGCAUUGAAUAUAAAGACGGAUUUAACAAAAACAAUCGACGUGUCAUUGUUAUCACACAAAUGCUCAAACCAUCGCUAUGAUAACGUGAAUAAGAUGUGCACAAAAUACCGAAUGUUUAGUUAUGCUAUACACUUGGAUUAGGAUAUUGCUUUAAAACAAAGGAUUAACCUUUUAUUGUUUCUAUUUUCAAGCUAAUUUCCACACUCCUUAUCCCUUAAUAUCGUAACAACGAUAUGUGUUGAUAGCGUGUUAUAAAGAUAACGAUAAGGGGCCGUAAUAAAGGGCAGGUAGCUCGGCAUACAGACGAUUCUGUGUAAUUACUAGGGGCCCCGGGGGUUCUAAUUUGACAGGAGUUAUCUGAAUCAGCGAUCCGGAGAUUGUACACCAAGUGGUUUUGUUUCUCCUCGUGUUAUUGAGAGAAAGUUUUGUAAACAUUCUGGAGUGGAUUUUCUCUGUGAAAAGGGAUUUUUGUGUGUGAUUAAGACAGUUUUAGGGAGUGGUGUAGGGAGUUAUUAGGUUUAUUAAACCUGCUUUGUGUUGUGGACUUAAAAUUGUUUUAUCACAAAUGCCGACCAGAAUGGAUUCAAAAAUACUGGAACAAACAGAGCCGUUAACGGCGAAGCGGCCGGCGAUGGCCAACAACCACUUCGAGCCCUACGAGAAGGAAUGGGGAAAUGGAACACGUGACCGGAAGGACCGCCACAGCCUUGGCAAGCGCAGCAGCGUUAGCAGCUGCAAGGGCCGCUACGGGCGCUCAAAUAGCCGUGCCCGCAAGAAACAGACGUCAGAGGAAAGCUGUAUAGCCAAUCUGAAGAUGAUUCUACAGUGCUACAAUGUGUUCAUACUGAUCAUGGGUUGCGCGGUUCUAGGUAUCGGCGUGUGGCUGCUGGUAAAGGAGUUUAACACACGGGAGAUGUCGGCCAUCAUGGGCUCCAAGAUCGUCGAGUGGAUCACCUACGGGCUAAUCGCGGGCGGUGGGGCGGCCACCAUCCUCGCCUUCUGUGGAUGCUGCGGCACGAUGAAACAGGAGAAGUUCGUCCUAGGGUUUUACGGUGUGGUCCUCACCCUGGUUCUGCUCACCCUGUGUGUCGGCUUCGGUGUCAGUUUUAUCUUCAAAGAUGAUAUAAUCGAGGGUAUCCAGAACCGGUUCGUAAAGACGAUUAUGUACAACUAUGGUGUGGACGUCCAGCGGAACUCCACCAACAAGCUCAUCACGGACGCCUGGGAUUCCAUGCAGCAGGCGCUCGGUUGUUGCGGGGCGCACGGGGACGUGGACGGCGACUACUCGUGGGCGAUCUACAAGGACCAGAGCGUCUGGAUAAAAAGAUACAAACCCGACGGUAAAUAUCUUGACAAACCGAGAAAUAGAGUAUACGUGCCGGACAGUUGCUGUAUAGAUGGGCAGAGUAAGAUCCUGUGUCAGGGAAAUAACGACAAGUACGAUGGUCCGCCAGCAUACGGCCCGCCGAUGGAGCACAGGGAACACAAAGAUAACCCCGCCCUUUACACCGUGGGCUGUUACGACAAGGCGCUCGUGUACUUGGAAACCCACAUGAUCAUCAUCAAGGUUGUGACCGGGGCGACGCCGGUCCUUUUGCUCAUCGGAAUUGUGAUUGCCUUUUACCUAUGUGCCAACGUCAAAGAUACAGAUGAUGAUGACGAUUUUGAAUACGAGGUGGAAGUUUAGACCGUACCUUAAAAUAUUCCUGAAUGUUGGAAUUAUUAGUGGCGUGUAACCUUUUAUGGCUGUGAGAUUUGGAAAUUAUACCAAAAAGGUGUUCCAAAGAGUGCACGCAGUGCGUUUUGUGAUAAAAUGAUGGAAUGUAUAUUCUAAAUGAGGAAAAGUUGGAUUAUUGCGUAUUAAUCGUCAGAGAUCACUUUACAAGUCGGCUUACCGUAAGUUUCAGGCAUAGUUGGGCAAAGUAUCAAAGUUCAUUCCAGCACAGUUAUGCAAAAAUGUGUUUGCCUUAAACAGCUGUGCUAUGCAAGCAUGAUCAACAAAGAUGCUUACUGGAUAAAUGCCACAAAAUAGUAAGAGAAAGUGAUGAAGCUGACCCGUGGAAUGGGAUCUUUAAGAAAAUAUGAAUUAGUUCUUGUCUUCCAAACGGAAGGCGCUAGGUUGAAUUCAAGUUAUUUUGUGUAAUUCCCACCGAAGUAUUUGUGAAAAUGUGUGUGAAAAAAGAGUGUUUUUUCGCGAAUAUGGAAUAAUUCUAGUCAGUGAAGUGUUCAUACGCUGGAAUUAUAUAUAAAGCCAUUCUGUGUGCAAGAUUCAAACGAGGAUUUACAUAUUUUGUGAUGAAUCUGUGUACAACAAUAUUACCACGUACAUUAAUUUUGUAUUAUAGUAGUUGAAAAUGCUCAUUUAACGCUAAUUGACAAUUUUAUAAGGCCUAAUUAUGAUUAAUAGAAAUUCUACGACUGACCAACCGUCAAAGUUACAGAAUCUCACAGUUUAGGACAAUGUCUCAAUAUGUAAAGUCAAUAUUCAUUUGCAAAACUACUUUUUCCAUAUUCGCAUCAAGUUUAAAAUAAUCACUCCCUACAUUACUGAACAGUAUAAGGAUUCAGAGUCUCAAAACAUUUUUAAUAUUUUUCAAAUAUGUUUCUAUUUCCAUUAUGUUUUACAUGAAUGUUCAUUUAGGCUAGGUCUAACUAACAGUCAUAGUGUUUACUUUCAUAUAUUAUAUAUUUCUUAAGAUAUAUUCAAUAUCCAUAUUGAAAUGAGUUGAGCGCAAGGGACCAAACUUCAUGUUUAAAAAUUAAUGAAAUUUCACAUUUAUAAUCAUUAUAGUUUUACAUUUAUUCACAUAUUUGACAUACUUCUACGCUCUUAUAGUAAUUUACAUUAUUAACUUGUAAAUUCGUAUUCUCCUGUAUCUAAUUCUUGUAUAUAUUCAUUAAUUCAUUUUAUUGAUUGUUGCAUAUUAUCCAAAAAAUGAAAUGAAAAGUUUUAUAUACAUGAAAUUUGUUAAUAAAUGACCAAUUUA